AAUAAAACAUGAAUAUGAUGAAUGUACGGCCAGAGAGUGUAAUCGAAAAUACUCCCAUUAUUUGCAGUGCAUCCACGUCCUCCAUUCAUUGUUUUCUCUUCAACUGGAUGAUGGGUUAAAGGUUCUUAAAUAUUCAUUCAAUGAAAUCAUAUCAGCAUUUUGAUUGAACAGGGUUUCUUUUUUAAAUUCAGAUUUCUCUGACCCGAUAUCAGUGGUUCGGUUCGGAUAAGUGGUUUGACCCGAAUUGAGAGUGGCAUCGGAUAAUAAAGAAAAGGUUUUUGUUUGCGAUUCUACAGGCUCCGCUCACGUGCGUGUGUUGCUGGGUUCUCUUGAUUAAGAUUAGGAGCCUGAGAGCACUAUAUCUUCUUAAUCCAUGGCUUGUCAAAUGGGAUCUACGAUUCUGAAAUGGAGAUUAUCAAUUACAGAUUAUAAAAGCUCUGAAAAUUCAUGUAUAGCCCUUGCAACUUCCAGAAUCCACUGUUGUUGCUGUGAGACAAAUUUUAACAGGCUAACUCUAAAUGGCACAAAGUCUUCACCUUUUUCUCAGAGCUGUUUCUUGGGAAGAAGAGCUGGGUGGAAAAUAGCUUUUGCCUUGAACACAGGUGGAGUGUCUGGAAAUGGUGACCAACAAAGCUUCAACGAAGCCAGUUCCAAUCUUGGUGGUACUCGAUUGGGUAGGAUACUGAGUGCGGGUGGCAGACAACUUCUAGAAAAGCUGAACGCAGCUAGAAAGAAUAUCCCUUUGAAAGUAUUCCUGCUACUUUUGGGUUUCUACACGGCAAAUGCACUAGCUACAAUCCUUGGACAAACUGGUGACUGGGAUGUUCUGGUUGCUGGUGUUGUGGUAGCUGCAAUUGAGGGGAUCGGCAUGCUAAUAUAUAGAAAGCCGCCUACUGCGAAGACUGGGAGGUUGCAGUCUUUUCUAGUGCUGGUGAACUACUGGAAAGCUGGCAUAUGUUUAGGUCUCUUUGUAGAUGCUUUUAAGUUAGGCAGCUAAGAACUCAAAAUCUUGUGCUUCUUGCUUUCUCUUUUCAAUUUUUUGAUGUAUGUCAUAAAACUCUGCUAAGCCAUAAUUUUGACCGUGGUCUUCUUCUAUUGCUAUCUUAUAGUGGUGUACAUGUAAUUGUAAUAUGUGAAUAGUAUAUAUGACGAUUGUUUAAUGACUUUAUGGCUCUGUGCACGGUGCACCAUUUUGCAUGUGCUUGGUGAAA